CCUUGCUCACUGCAAAUAUCCCCCUUCAAGAUACUGCGUCGCUUUCAGAAAAGCCCAAUCAUCAUCGCGUUAUCGACCUAACGUGUACGUUACAGGAACAGAACAAAUUUCGAUUAAAACAACUAGAGCUGAUCAACAAGUAUCGUGUUUUAGACGUUGGAAUAUAAAGCAAGCAGGCUAUUUGGUAGACAAAAUGGCGUGCUGAGCCUUAUGCAGAGUUGUAUGUGAGAGCAAGGAACGACAACUCUGCGUGGAGAUUGGCUCAGAGGCUAUGGCUGGAUGCUUGGCACAGAUCGCCCGACUCCUGUUGGUCAUCAUCAACAUCGUGUUUCUUCUUCUCGGUCUGGCAGUGACGGCCAUAGGGUUCAUCCUACGGUAUGGUUACAAUAUCUACAAGCCCUUCUUGGAGACCGGGCUGAACCAACUUGAGAAAGCAUUGAUGGAUACAAAACUUGGAUCGUUCGACGUCAAGUCUAUUGAUAUCGGAGAGGUGUUGCUAAGCCUGUCUGUCGGCCUGAUCAUCGGAGGUCUAGUGCUUUUUGGUCUCGCCUUCUUUGGAUGCUGUGGAGCCUGCUGCAAGUUCAAGCUAUUCCUCUGGAUUUACGCCAUUGUUAUUGUGGUUUUCAUCCUGAUUGAAGCCAUCGGCAUUGGACUCCUGUACGGCAAACCAGAUAUUGUGAAGGACCAAGCAAAGUCGUCACUAUCUGGAUUCGAAGGCCUUGCCUCAGAGAAAGUGCCCUCGCUUGCUUGGAACGUGAUUAUGAUUCAGUUCAAGUGUUGCGGUGUGGACAGCUAUACAGAUUUCAGCGUCGCAACUAAAUGGAAUAAUAAUCCCGGUGGUUUUGGUAAGAUUGACAUGCCUCUUGCAUGCUGUAAAAGCCUCCCUUCCUCACAGUCAGCAAAUGCCGCCGAUUGCGCUAAAGAGACACAUAUGGCACUGAAUAAUGGCGAAACGGGUUGCUAUGGUGAAGUUUGGGGAGCAUCGUUUGGCAAGACUGCGAUCGCUGUGCCCGUUCUCGUCAUUUGUGGCAUAAUACAGAUCCUGUUCAUCGUGUUCGCGGUAAUGGUGGCCAAGGGGGACAAUGACAGAGUGUCACCCAUCUAGGAUGGAAAAGAAAAGAACCAGUUCCGUCCAGCGCUUAUCUGUGAUAUAUGGAAGUGACCUUUGUUGCAUGGUGCAUUCUUGUAUAAACAGAUAUUUUUAUUUUGUACAGCUAUUUUAGAAUUAUAAUAAACAUGUGCCUCGUUGAAUCUUUUAGAACCAUUCAAACCAAUAUUGAGGAUAAAUAAUUAUUUUGUGUGUGUGGUGUUUUAGUGUUCGUAAAAGUGUAUAAGCGCUAAACAGAUAUGAAUUCCUAUCACUUACAUGGCUGUUCUACAAGUGCAGAACUAGACAGUCAAACCGUACAGAAUAAUACAUUAUUUCCUUUGAUGAAUGAUGUGAUGUUUCCUGUUUUAAUUAUUUAUUUAUUUAAUUAAUUGAACUAUUACAUAAUCGAUGUAUACGAUGUACACGUGUUUCUUAAUAAACGUUUUGCUGGAUUA